GCUGUACGUAGAGGAUGUGCGGAAUGUGCCCGUUUUCUUCUAGCCUAUGGAGCUAAUCCGCAGCCAUUGGCCGUCCCUCCGGGGACUUCUUUUCGCUACUCUUCACAUCCUGCCCCAAAUAACCCUUCUGCUGUUGUCGUUCCACCUUUGCACCUCGCUAGACAGAUGCACCAGACUGCCAUUGAGGCCGACAUCCGAGCCAGUUGUGCCCAGCAAGUUGUCUCACUAUUCCAGUCAAUUAAAAUAA